AUGAACUUCCUCGACUUGCCCCAGGAGCUAAUCCUCAGGGUAUUUCAGAACUUAUCCCUUUCCGAUAGCCGUACCCUCAUACAGCGUCUACAUACAUAUAAUGACCCGAAGGCCCACAAGGUCAUAAAGCUACUAUGGAUCACCUGUUGCUCAGACAAAGUCAUCGUCUCAUUUCCGAACACGGAGACCCCACUGAACGAACCAUUUGAAUUUGUGUCGUCUGUGGACGUAUAUGAUACCAUCAAGGCGCAUGUCCAGUACGGAGUUGUGCCAAAGCACCUACAGUUAUUUUUCUCCAGAAACCCAAGAGACUACACCAGGUUUCAAAACCACCUUCUGGAGGUUUGGGAGCUUUUGGAUUCCAACACUGUUGUGAAGUAUCUCCAUGCGGUGCAAGAGUUGGAUUUCGAGUUGAGAGGAAAUCUCAUUACCACAGAAUCACCCACCCUGUUGGUCUCACUGAUACUCAACACAUUCGUCAAGCUCACGAGCCUCAAACAUGCCAACUGGAAGACCAUAAGGAUUUUGCUGACUGACUUGGGCGACUACUUUCCACAAAAAUGGGGCAGGGUCUUUGAAGAAUUUCGCCUGACCCAAGAGCUUGUAUUGGAUGACAAUUUAAUCCGCCUGCUGCAUCCGCUUGAGAGCUAUUCGUUGCUAGAAGGGUACUUUAAGUGGCCUUCACAGCUUCGUGUAUUGUCCUUGAGGAGAAAUCUUAUUUCCAAUUUUUCAGCCACAGCUAUAAAGCUAUUGCCAAAGACUCUCGAGGUGCUUGAUCUUGAGAACAACGUUCUCGAACAGUUUGGAACUCAAGGAACAGUCAAACUUAUAGACGAGUUACCUCACCUCCGUCUUUUGAACCUAUCGAACAAUCGUGGUUUGGUAAAAAUUGAGCCUGCCCUUUUCAUCGAUUGGCACCAAUUGACAACAGGGCUCACUGUUAAACUUGAGAACUGUAACAUUUACGCCCCAAUACUUGCAUCCAUAACCCGCAUUGCUAAAGAAGAGGGUAUUGUUCUAAUGGUUUGA